CGGCGGAGGGAGACGUCAUUGCAGGGUUGUUUGUGCAGCCUCGGCGGCGGCGGUGACCCACAGUGAUUCGGCCGCCGCGCCGGGGGGUGGGGGGGCUGUGCGGGACUCUUUUCUUUCGGACUGACCGCGGGGCAGCUGGGGAGCAUGUCGACCCCGGCCCGGAGGAGACUUAUGCGAGAUUUCAAGCGAUUGCAAGAGGACCCACCUGUGGGUGUCAGUGGCGCACCAUCUGAAAACAACAUCAUGCAGUGGAAUGCAGUUAUAUUUGGACCAGAAGGGACACCCUUUGAAGAUGUGUAUGCUGAUGGUAGCAUAUGUUUAGAUAUCCUUCAGAAUAGAUGGAGUCCAACUUAUGAUGUAUCUUCUAUCCUAACAUCAAUUCAGUCUCUGUUGGAUGAACCAAAUCCAAACAGUCCAGCCAAUAGCCAGGCAGCACAGCUUUAUCAGGAAAACAAACGAGAAUAUGAGAAGAGAGUUUCGGCCAUUGUUGAACAAAGCUGGAAUGAUUCAUAAUAGACAACUGGUCUGUUAAUCUUUUUCAUCAUUGUUGUGUAUAAUUUACCUCUCAGUAGAAAGGCUAACAAAUUUUAAGUGCCACAGGUUUUAAGGAUUCUGCAGAGAAAAAAAAAAGUCCUUCAGUUUAGAACCUACAAAAGCUCGUGUAUCUUGAUUAAUGUACUUUUUAUUGCAUGGUGUGAACUAAGUUAUUGCUUACAUAAAUUUGUAAUAUAUCCUGUUUGUAUUUUUUUCCAAGUGUAUAAUGUUGGUGUGGAGUUUUCAUGACAGAAUAUACACAUUUUGUAAAUCUGUACUUUUUUCAAAUAUUGAAUGCCUUAUUUUUGAAUUCUUUAGAUUUUUAAAUUGGAGAAAAGCACUUAAAGUUUUUUAUAUAUGAAUAUUACAUGUAAAGCUGUUAAAAUACAUAACUUCAGUGCAAGAGACUUUGUCACUUAUUUCCUUAUCUGAGCAGAAGGGGUUAAUAAGUCUCUAGCUCUCCAUCAAUUGAUAGUUUCUAAUUUCAAAAAAAAGAUUUAUAUUUUAUCAAGAAAUUUCUCAAAUUUGAUUCUAAACACCAAUUCUAAUCUCAAACUUUACUUUUUAUGUUCCUAUAUUAUUUUCAGUUGAGCAAUUAUAGACCUAACUGGUUUGAUUCUGUCCAGCUCUGUACUUAGGCCACUUGUUACUGUUUCUUCAUGCACUACUUACUGUUAAACUGUAGCUUUUACGAUUCCACGUUUUGCACCGCCACCAUGAGGAUCUGGCAUCUCCACUAUGAGCAGAGAGCUGAUGUGAUUUGCUGCUUGAUAGCACUUUAAAAGAUUUUUGAUAACGAAGAAAGCAAAACCAUCAACAUUUACCAAAAAUUCAUGCCCCACUAUUAACAAAAAAUAAGAAUUUGUUGCGUUGGUUGAACAAGGCAGGUAUUUGGAAGGUAUCUUGAUGUAAUUUAAGUAUUUGAAAACUGCCUUUUAAUGCAAUUGCAUACCUGUUUAUUCUGAGAACAUGUUUUAAUACCAGGGCCUGCUGAGUUGCUUUCUCUUGUGGAGAUUUUUUUUUUUAUCUCCUAAGUUGUAUAAAAGUUGUACUGCAUCUUAGUUUACUGGAUAAACUUAAAACACGGUAUUGUAGAAAGCUAAUACAAAGCUAUCCUAUGCCUUCAAAUAGUACAGAAAAUGGAAAAUAUACAAGUAAAUUCUGUUGAACCA